CUAAAUAUCCAAGUAGCCUAACCCUUCGAUAAACCGAUCGUCACAUAGAGCGUGUUUCGUUUUAAGUGCAAAAGAAGAAAAUCUAGCCCAAAGUGCGUGCUUGAACGCGAACACUGUUGACAACUAUGAUGGAUUGGACUUCACUAGCUUUCCGAGGGUUUCCAUGCGAUGCAAUUUCGUAAAGGCUCAACUGUUCGUUUCCGCAAUUGGGAGAGAGCGUGAGCCCUUCUUUCGGCAGCGCACAAAGGGUGCGCACCUUUUAUUUGGAGAGCAAGAGAGGGGAGAGUUAAAACGAGUAGGAUUACUGGACUGCAGCCUACACACUGAAUGAAAACAAAUAUCUUCGAACCUUGAAGGGAAUAGCCACAGAAGACACAUUUACAACCACGCGCUGACGAUAUCCUGUGCCGAGACAGAGCCUUUUAAUGGAGGUUGCAAAGUGUCCUCGCUACGUCCCAGCAUCUAGGUUGCCCAACAGGCCCGGCCAUUGACUGAGCUGCCUCCACACGUUGAGCGAGAGAAAGGGAGAAACAAAAGGGGCGAGCGAGCGGCUAAAGAAAUUUUGAGAUCCUGAAUCCUGGCCGAUUCCUUGACGACCCCCCUCUCCCCCCUCCCUUCCUCCUCCAUUUUCCUCCUCCUCCUCUGAAGCCUCCACUCUGGGCUGGUCUCUCCAGAAUGCAGGGGAGUGGGAGACAGUAGCGAGCUGGCAAGAGCUCUCCCUGCCUCCCCGCCUGAGGAUCCUGCACGAGAAACCGGAGUGAACGAGAACGAGAAACGCGGAGACCGAGAGAGACGGGUCAGUCAGAACACUGGGGAUGUCCUGGAGAGAGAGAGGCUCGCCGAUCGCUUGAGGGGCACCACGUAGCCGCCCCACUCUACCCGAAUAGAUCUCGGCCGGUGCUCGUGUGCGUCUCUGCGUCCGUGCCGCGCCAGCGUGAGGAGCCGACGCCAUGCCUGCCAAGGGCAAGUACCUGCUGAACGACCAGGAGGUGAAGAGGGAGGCCCUGUACCGCAAGUUCUCCUGCUUCAGCCAGUACCAGCUGCUGGUGCUUCUGCUGGGCCUCACCAUGCUGUCUUGUGCAGUGCUGCUCAUACUCUUCUUCUCCCUCAACAUGAAAGCGGAGCGUCACAGCGUGUUCGUGGCAGUGGUGAGCGUCGGGCUGUUCGUGUUCCUGACCGUGUUCGUGCUGGUGUGCACCGAGUCCCUGUUCCAGCGCUGGAUGCGGCUGCUGGGCGUGGUCGUGUGGACCACCCUCAUCACCAUGGGCUUCUGCUUCAUCUUCAGCGAGAAGGUCAUACAAGCCUGGGACCAGGUUCCGUUCUUCCUCUUCAUCAUCUUCACGGUGUACACCAUGCUGCCCUUCCGGCUGCGUUACGCUGUCCUCCUGAGCGUCGUCACCUCCCUGUCCCACAUCGUCGUCCUCACCUUGCGCCUCACCGUCUUCAGCCCCGCCGACUUUCAUUCUCUGGCCAGUCAGCUGCUGUCCAAUGCAGUGGUGUUCCUGUGUGGCAGUGUGGUGGGGGCCUUCCAUAAAGUGCUAAUGGAGCGAGCGCUCCGGCAGACCUUCCAGGACAUGCUCAGCUGCCUGUCUAUCCGCAUGAAGCUGGAGAUCGAGAAGAGACAGCAGGAGAGCCUGUUGCAGUCUGUGCUCCCAGUCUACAUCUCCAUGAAGAUGAAGCUGACCAUCAUGGAGCGGCUCCAGGACUGCAAAGACAAGGAGGCCCAGCAGAGGCUCGUGAAGGACAACAACUUCCACAGCCUCUACGUGAAGAGACAUGAAAACGUCAGUAUCCUGUAUGCUGAUAUUGUGGGCUUCACUCGCCUAGCCAGUGACUGCUCACCCAAAGAGUUGGUCAUUAUGCUCAAUGAGCUCUUCGGGAAAUUUGAUCAGAUUGCUAAGGAGAAUGAAUGCAUGAGAAUAAAGAUUUUGGGAGACUGUUACUACUGUGUUUCUGGACUGCCCGUCUCUUUACCCAAACAUGCCAAGAACUGUGUGAAGAUGGGCCUGGACAUGUGUGAGGCCAUCAAGCAGGUGCGGGAGGCCACAGGUGUGGACAUCAACAUGAGAGUGGGAGUGCAUUCUGGGAACGUCCUCUGUGGUGUAAUUGGCCUCCGCAAGUGGCAGUUUGACGUGUGGUCACAUGAUGUCACCUUGGCCAAUCAUAUGGAAUCGGGGGGUUUGCCAGGGCGCGUGCACAUCACAGAAGCCACCCUCAAACACCUCAACAAGGCCUACGAGGUGGAGGAAGGGAACGGGCACCUGAGGGACCCCUACCUGAAGGAGCUGAACAUCCAGACGUACCUGGUGAUCGACCCGCGGUCGAAGGACCAGGCGCUGAAUAACCGCACCGUGCCCAAACCGAGGGUGAACGACGGGCUGAAGAUGCGCGCCUCGGUGCGGAUGACCCGCUACCUGGAGUCCUGGGGCGCGGUCAAGCCCUUCGCCCACCUGCAGAGCCGAGAGGGCUACGCCAGCGACACCGUGGUCAACGGGAAGUCCCGCGGGAAGGAUAUACCAAUGCGGUCUGUGCCCUGUUCAAAGAUAACUGAAAGCUUUGAUGAGUCUCUCGAGGAGCCCUUCUCCUUGCCCACCGCUCCGUUCAGCAGCUAUAACAGGAACAAAUCACAGAAGAGCAAAUUUGAUGAAGAACUUCACAAUGAGAUGACAACGACGAUCGAGCUGACCAAGCUGUGGAGAUCGAAGGAGAUCAGCAGCCUCACUCUGUGGUUCACCAAGAAGGAGCUGGAGAAGCAGUACCGAGCCAUUGACCUCCCCACCUUCAAGUACUACAUCGGCUGUGCCACCUUCAUCUUCUUCUGCAUCUUCGUGGUCCAGAUGUCCGUGACAAGAGUGCCCAAGAAGCUGGGAGUGUCAUUUGGGGUGUUGGCCUGCUUCCUCCUGCUGACCCUGAGUGUGUGUUUCGCGGGUCACCUACAGCGCUGUUUUCCGGAGAAGCUGGCGUCGUGCCAGUGGCUGGCGGCCAUGUCGGAGGCUGUGGGGAAGAAGCCGUGCGUGCGCCUCCCCCUGGCCAUCGUCUGCACCGCCAUCAUCCUCAUCGUCGGCCCCUUCAACCUGUGGUUCGCUCACCCGAAACACAAUGGCACUCUCACUGACAUCCACCAGCAGGAUCCGGAUGCUGAGCUCUUUUACCUGCCUUACUCUGUAUACUGCUGCAUAUUGGCCCUGAUUGCCUGUGGAGUGUUCCUCAGGGUGAGCUUCGAGCUGAAAGUGGCCUUCCUCCUGCUGGGCUCCAUCGCCUACUACAGCAUCAUCCUGAGCUCCAAGCAGGAGCUCUUCAUAAACUACGCUAACAUCCUGUACAACAGCAGUGGCCAGGACAUCCUGAGCUACUCGGGGCUCAUGAAACACCCACAGGGAAUGAGCUGUAUGUACAUCACCCUGUUCCUGGUCACCAUGCUCAUCAUCAUACGGCAGAACGAGUACUGCUGCCGCCAGGACUUCCUGCUGAAGAACAAGAACCGCACGGAGCAGGACGAGAUCGAGACCCGGGAGAACCUGAACCGGAUCCUGCUGGAGAACGUGCUGCCCGCCCACGUGGCCACACUGUUUGUUGGGGAGAAUAAAAAGAACGAGGUGGGAUUCCUCAAAAACGCUUUACUUACUGAGAAGUACAAGGACCUGUACUACAAGUCAUAUGACUGCGUGUGUGUGAUGUUCGCCUCCGUUCCGGACUUCAAAGAGUUCUACACGGAGUGUGACAUCAACAAGGAGGGCCUGGAGUGUCUGAGGCUACUCAAUGAGAUCAUUGCUGACUUUGAUGAGCUGCUGUCCAAGCCCAAAUUCAGCGGGGUGGAGAAGAUCAAAACCAUCGGCAGUACGUACAUGGCAGCAGCAGGGCUGAGCGGCACUCCAGCACAGGAGAACAACCAGGACCGCGAGAGGCAGCAGGCACAGAUCGGGAACAUGGUGGAGUUUGCCAUCGCUCUCAUUGGCAAGCUGGAUGGCAUCAACAGGCACUCCUUCAACAGCUUCCGUCUGCGCGUGGGGAUUAACCACGGGCCCGUGAUCGCUGGAGUUAUAGGAGCCAGAAAACCUCAGUAUGACAUUUGGGGCAACACUGUCAAUGUGGCCAGCAGGAUGGAGAGCACUGGAGAGCUGGGCAAGAUCCAGGUGACUGAGGAGAGCUCCAAUGUGCUGCAGAAGCUGGGAUACUCCUGUGAAUGCAGGGGUCUGAUCAACGUGAAGGGCAAGGGGGAGCUGACCACCUACUUCGUCUGCACGGACAUGAGCAAGCCCCAGGGCAUGGGUCUGAGCUGAGGCCCGAGAGCGUGCCCAUGUGCUCUCUGACUCCUUUACCCACCCCAAACACGUGCGCUGAGACUCCUUUACCCAGCCGAAACAUAUGUGCUCUCUGACUCCUUUACCCAGCCCAAACACAUGUGCUGAGACUCCUUUACCCACCCCAAACACGUGCGCUAAGACUCCUUUAUCCAGCCCAAACAUGUGCGCUAAGACUCCUUUACCCAGCCCAAACACAUGUGCUGAGACUCCUUUAUCCAGCCCAAACACGUGCGCUAAGACUCCUUUAUCCAGCCCAAACACAUGUGCUGAGACUCCUUUACCCAGCCCAAACACAUGUGCUGAGACUCCUUUACCCAGCCCAAACAUGUGCUGAGACUCCUUUAUCCAGCCCAAACACAUGUGCUGAGACUCCUUUACCCAGCCCAAACACAUGCGCUAAGACUCCUUUACCCAGCCCAAACGCGUGUGCUCUGACUCCUUUAUCCAGCCCAAACACACGUGCUGAGACUCCUUUACCCAGCCCAAACGCGUGUGCUCUGACUCCCUCACUCAAUGCGUGUGCCUACCCAGCCCGAAACUGCUGCUGCUUCAGGGCUGCCCCUGACAUGACCCAUGGACAGACAUGUUGGGAAGGGAACGGGCCCUUCUGCUCACGUUGGGUCCUGGAAAUGAAGUAUUGACUCCACUGUGCUCAACAAACUGAAGUUCACUGCUGCUCUGAUGUGCCGACUCCAAGUCGUCAUUCCACAGACAUGAGGAGAGAGUUGCUUUGGGCUUUGUUGUGACAGUUAAAUGUUGUUAAAUGUACUUUUAUUUGAUUAAAUAAUUAUUCAACUGUGCAGUAUACAUUCAGUGACCACUUUAUUAGGUAGACCUGUACAUCAGCUCAUUAAUGCUAAUAUUUAAUCAGACAAUCAUGUGACAGCAACUAACAUGCAGCCAUGGUCAAGAGGCUCAGUUGUUGUUCAGACCAAACUGCAGAAUGGGGAGGUGAUGUGAUCUCUGUAUCUUUGACGGUGGAAUGAUUGUUGGUGCCAGGCGUGGUGGUUUGAGUAACUCAGAAACUGCUGAUCUCCUGGGAUUUUCACCCACAACAUUAUUUUGAGUUUACAGAAUGAUGGAAAAAACAAAUGUUAAUGAGAGAGGUCAGAAGAGAAUGGGCAGACUGAUUCAAGCUGACAGGAAAGCAACAGUUACUCAAAUAACCAUGCAUUACAAUGGUGGUUUGCAGAAGAGCAUCUCUGACACAGCUCACAAUACGUCAAACCUUGAAGUGGAUGGGCUACAGCAGCAGAAGGCCAAUAAGUGGAGAAAACAAAUUGAGUGGUCAUUGAAUGUAUGUACAGUACACGUUUUAAUGUAUAAAUAAUUAUUAGUCAUGUACAUAGUACGGAGCAGCAGAUUUGUACAUAUGUUCAGAUACAUGCUGGGGUGUUACAUAAGGGAGUAGAUCCGUUGUUUUUGGGAGUAAGUUUUCACCCAUUAUCCUCUCUUCAUGCUAUUUAAGUAUUGAACACUGCUCUGUAUAUUGAAGCCUGAUACAGAAAGCUUUGAUCCCAAUGCACACUGUUUUAUUACUGUGUAAUGUUCACAUCAGGUGUGUGAGGAGGGAAAGUUUCAUUAUCAGAAACUAUCUUAAAUCAUGUAGUGUUUUAAGAAAAAAAAGCCUGCAGUUACAAUCAAUCCAAAAAGCAAAAAAUGUAAAGUUGUAAACUGUUGUGAUUUCACUAUUUGCACAAUAGGAUUACAACUGGUUUUUCAAGUUUCUAAUAGUUGAUACUACAGUAGGCCUUCCAAACUGGAGCAAGUGCCGUUUGCUGUACAUGUUUUUGCAUUUGAGGUCAGUGUAAAUAUUGUAGUUAUACUGCCAGCUUUGCUAAAAAGUGCUCUGAUCAUUUUCUUUACAUGAUCCUAUGAGUGGUUCAUUCUUGUUUAUAUAUUUUGAUAGGAAGCCUAGCGUCAAGUGUGGAUUAAUUCAAAUGAAUUUUCUGUAUUAAAAAAAAAAAAAAAAAAAAAAAAAACAUGGACUACGUCCAAAAAAUGUUUUUGUGCCUGGAAAAAUAAUGACCAAGGAAGGUCUGCUGGUUUAUUGCUGUAGGACCUUAAUUCAUUGCUCCCAUCUGUUCAACCUGCAUCUAGUGUUGUUACCAUCAUGGGUAUCCGUAUACUGUGCUGUGAAGAACAGGCGAGUGAGCUUUUUCCCGUUUUAUACAGUACAGUAUGUAAUAAAGUAUUUUCAUUCUGA